AUGCCGCCAACCCUUCCGCAAAAGAGCCUGAAGAGAGACGCCUCGCAUCUGUCGUCACCGGCGCCAGAAUCCAGCCAGAGCAAGAAAUUGCGAGUGGCGUUUGACGACAGGGUCGACGUUCGUAUCAUGGACGACUGGACGGCCAAGCCGUUGGAUCUGGUCAAGGACGAAGUGAGAAGCGCACUCGAGGGCCAUCUCAGGACUGGCGCCGACAAGGACGAUGGCGCAUAUGAACAGCUUAGGAUGGUCUUCAUCAGCGCAGCGCCCUCGCGAUCCCACGACAGCGCCUCGGUCUCGUCACAUAGCGAAGCACCCAGUACCGCUACGCUCAAGAAGUAUUUGGUCGCCCUGAGUGGUCGUGUGAGCGAUCUCAAGGCCUGCGGCAAGCUGGUACACGCCGUCCUCGACGUCAACUGGCUCGGCAGAGACGAUGCUUUUGUAGCUCUCUAUGUCCGUUUUCUGGGUACUCUAGGAAGUGCUGUGCCUGGAUUUCUCAGGACUGUGCUCGACCGCAUUGUGGGACACUUUGUCGAGGGUAAGCUUGCUUGCCUCUGGCCAUCGUGCACCCAUUUACUAAUAUGCUCCCAGUUUCCUNCAUCUCUCGGCCGCAUCCCCAACGAGCCAUACGUCCCCAGACAGCAGAUGGUGGUUCGAGUACACAACGCUCUUCGAUACCUGCUACGCCUGAUCCCGUCUGCCAACAGCGGUCUGGCCGAAUCUCUUCGCGGCCAGUUCCCAAACCACAGAACUGCCACCCGUCAAGGUUACAUUGCUUUCGUCAAANACUCUCUCAAGACCAUCGAGUACGCCCCCGAACUCAAAGCCGAGAUUCAGACCCUUAUCACCGAGCGCCUGGUCAAGAUCGAUGUCGAAGUACAAGAAGAGUUGGAUGAUUUGGAAGACGAGGUUGAUGAGGGCCGUGUGCUCGGACUCUCUGGUCUUCCAGAAGCAAAAGAAGAUGCAGACGACUCGAGUGAUGACAGUGAUGCCGACUCAGACUCUUCGAGCGAAAUCAGCAUGACACCUGAAGAGACCCAUCUCCGUGCUCUGCGCGAUACUGUCGCCAAGCUCGAUUCAGUCCUAGAUCUCUUGUUCUCUCAUUACACACCCACAUUUGCCAGCGGCAAGAUGUACGAGGUCAACGAUGCCUUCGAGCACCUGAUCUCACAAUUCUCUACCUUCGUCUUACCUACAUACCGCUCGCGACACACGCAAUUCCUCGUCUUUCAUUUUGCUCAGAUGUCUCAGGGCUAUGCCGAGCGGUUUGCCGGCGUUCUUAUCCGUCUUGCUACUGGCCGCAGCUCUGCUUCGAACGGUUCCUUGUCUGCUGCUGCCUAUUUGGCUAGCUUCAUCGCUCGUGGUGCUCGAGUGAACAAAACGCUUAUCCGUUCCAUCUUUACAAGACUUGGUAACCAUCUCGACACAUUGCGUCGCAACUACGAGGCUGCCUGUGAGGGACCUAACCUCAGCCGGUACGGAACCUUUNACGCAAUUGCUCAGGCUAUGCUCUACAUAUUCUGCUUUAGAUGGAGGGACUUCAUCAUGACUCNNCCUGACGACGCAGACAUCGAAGACUACGAUAUUUUCGAGGAGGGCGAACCAGAAUGGCUUCCUGGCAUCAAGGAGUGCUUGACCCAAGCUAUAUACUCCAAGCUCAACCCUCUCAAGGUCUGUGCACCCGCCAUUGUCCACCAGUUCGGAGCCAUUGCCAACCAUCUUCGCUUUAUGUACGUUAUCCCUUUGUUGGAAACCAACAAGCGCCUGCGCCUGUCUUCCUUCCGUUCUUUGGCCGCACCUGUCAGCAGGGAUAUGGGUGCCGCAAGAAGAGAAAACACCCUCAGCCACCAGAGCGGCGAAGCCCAUCAUCAGCUGGAUGCUUUCUUCCCCUUCGAUCCUUACCAGUUGCCUAAGAGCAAGAAGUGGCUAGAAGGCGACUACAUGGUAUGGAAGGGAGUGCCCGGCAUGCAAGACGACGAUGAGGACGACGAGAGUAGCGACGAAGACGAGGACGAAGAUGAAUUCGGAGAGAUUGGUGACGAUCCGGAAUACGAGAGCGAGUAG